AUGCCGACAUCGAAAUGGAUUUCUCGUUGCCAAAACUCAGACCCUGGAUUAUCUCUGAGAAAUUACCACCGCAAGUUAAAGAUGGACAGGGAAACCCUGUCAGAUAUCGCGAACAUCUAUAAUUAUCAGUCGUUCGUGGAGACAGACAAGACGGGGUACAUUAUUCGGCAGUGGGUUGCGUGUAACCUUCAUGAUCGCAUAAGCACUCGUCCGUUUCUUACAAUGGUAGAGAAAAAAUGGAUUGCCUUUCAGUUGCUUAACGCUCUUCGUGAUGCACACAACCGCAAGAUAUCCCAUGGCGACAUUAAGUCCGAGAACAUUCUAGUCACCGAUUUUGCCUCAUAUAAGCCCACAUAUCUUCCAUUUGACGACCCAUCUGAUUUCUCCUUCUUCUUUGACACGUCCGGACGGCGGACAUGCUACAUUGCACCUGAGAGGUUCUACACUCACGUCACCAACCCGGAAAUCACUGCAAAGAAAUCGAGGAUCGCAGACGAUACUGAGGGAAAGAGGGAUGGUAAAGUCACGGAGUCGAUGGAUUGUUUCAGCGUUGGCUGUGUCAUCGCUGAACUAUUCUUAGAAGGUGCACCUUGA